AUGACACGUCCAGAACAUCAGGGGCCUCCAGAGGUUUUUUAUGAUGAAACAGAAGCAAAGAAAUAUACAAGUUAUUCUCGAAUUCAAGCUGUUCAAGCAGAAAUGACAUUCCGUUCAUUAGAACUUCUUGAUCUUCCUCCUGGAAAAUCAUGUUUUUUGAUGGAUAUUGGCUGUGGUUCAGGGCUUUCAGGCGAAAUUCUUGAUCAGGAUGAACAUAUAUGGGUUGGCAUGGAUAUAUCGCCAUCUAUGUUGGAAGUUGCUCUUAAACGUGAUGUUGAGGGUGAUUUGAUCCUAGCAGAUAUUGGACAUGGUAUGCCAUUUCGAGCUGGAUCGUUUGAUGGUGCAAUUUCGAUUUCAGUCCUUCAAUGGCUUCUGAAUGCAGAUACGUCUUCUUCAAGUCCAAAAUAUCGUUUGAUGAGGUUUUUUUCUACACUUUAUGGAUGUUUAGCACGUGGUGCACGUGCUGUUUUUCAAUUUUACCCAGAAACGGAUCAAAGUAUGUCAUUUAUUACAUCUCUAGCAAACAAAUGUGGGUUUUCUGGAGGCGUAGUUGUAGAUUUUCCAGAUAGCAAAAAGUCUAAGAAAUAUUAUAUGGUUCUUCAAGCAGGCAGUGGAACAAAUAUGACCAUUCCUAUUCAGAGUAGAGAAUCGGAAGAAGUACCAAGUCAGACAGUACCUUAUGCUCCAAAUCGGUCAUCUAAGUCUUCACGUGUUAAAAAAAGUCAAAUUAAGGGAACUAAGGAGUGGAUUCUUCGUAAAAAAGAACGUUAUCGAAAGUAUAAAGACAAUGUUCCUCGAGACAGUAAGUUUACAGGGCGAAAACGGCGCCCAAAAUUUUAA